AUGUCAUGUGUAGUGAAGCCCCUUAGGAGAUUCUUGUUCGUUGCUUUUGUUUCUAUCAAAAAAUCACAGGUCAGAUUCUGUUUACAUAAUCAAAAAAGGGGCAUUUUUGUCAGUAACAAUGGCUUGGAAAACACAUUCAGAAAGAGAGAAAAUAAUAAGUUGAACAAUGGCAACGGUCUGAUGAAAGUAGCAACAACAAAAUGGUAG